AUGGCGGAGCUGUCUGCUUUCCGAUUGAGUGUGGGAGGAAGCUGGUGUACUGAGUGUGGUAUCCAGGAUCAGCUAGCACAGCGCGUGGCUGAGGCAAAAGCUGAGGACAUUUUUGAGGACCUGAAAAGCUCUUCUCCUGCCGACUUGCAAACCCUUGGUGUUAAAAUAUUCGAUGAUGUCAGUCGGAAGUUAAAAGAAAUUACUCCGUUGCUAGACCAGUUCCUUAUCAUCAUCAUCGUCAUCAUCAUCAUCGUCAUCGUCAUCGUCGUAGUAGUAGUAGUCGUUGUCGUCGUCAUCGUCGUCGACGCCCCUUCAGCAGGAGCCCUCUGCAGCCCCAAGAAGGAGGUUCUUGACUGUGAAGGACUGCUGUGCUCUGCGGAAGACUUGCCCAACGUGCUGCUUCUGAGUUCCUCAGAUCCCCCUCCUGGCAUCGCCUGUACCUGCAGCCUCCUCAAAUCCUGGUACCAUCCCAAGAGUCCCUCUUCCCUCAUUCAGCAUCCUCCUGGGUCCAUCCCGGUGACACAGCCUGAAAAUGCUGGCCACUUUGCCACCUGCUACUUCCUAGAAACAGGUGCUCAGGUGCCUCCAGCUCUGGGCAUCCGUGUUCACCUGGCUUCCGGAGCUGCUCUCUGUCUGCUGGUGGACUUUGGGGACAGUUGUGGAGCUGAGAUGAGACUGUGUACAAUGACAGAUGUGGCUGCAGUGACUGGCUACCACCGGUACAGGAAAGAAGGAGUCUACAAGCUCAGGGCUGUAGUCCAUGACGUUCAUGGAGUUGAUGUGGAACUGGGACCUUAUUAUGUGGACAUUGGCCGUGAGAAUGUGUCUGUGUUCAUGAAUUCCAGCUCUAUCCACGAUGGUGAAGCUCUUUCCUUUGCUGACCCCCUCCCACAGCAGAAAGGCACCAUCGUGAUGCAUGGCUAUUCGUCUGUUUCUUCAUACAAUGUGUCCUUUAUUUCUCAGGCUCGAGUGGGCAGUGGCCAGGCUUGGAAUGGUGUGACUGUUGGGUAUAAGCUGCAAUCUGUGUCUAUCCACACCAAUGGAACCGUGUUUGCUGCAGACACGAACAUCACAUUUGUGGCUGUUACCAAUGAAACUGUACCCCUGGAGUUUGCAUGGUAUUUUGGAGAUGACCCACCAGUGAGGACAACUUCCAGAAGCAUUAGAAGAAGGCUGAGCAUCCCUCAGUGGUACCAUGUGAUGGUCAAGGCCACCAGUAGGGUCGGCAGUGUGGUCUCUGAGUCCCACCUCAUCAGGGUACAGAAGAGAAUCACGGCCAAUCGGCUCAUGUCCACUGCCUCAGCCCUGGUAAAUGCCAAUGUGUCCUUUGAGUGCAGGCUCAACUUUGGCACUGACGUGGCCUACUUGUGGAACUUUGGAGAUGGGACCAUUGAGCUUGGCAGCAGCUCCUCCAGCCAUGUCUACAGCAGGGAGGGAGAGUUUACAGUUGAAGUCCUUGCCUUCAAUAACAUCAGCUCCGCCGUCCUAAGAAAGCCACUUUUCAUCGUGCACGAGCCUUGCCAACCACCUCCGGUGAAGAACAUGGGGCCUAAGAAGGUGCAGAUUUGGAGGUCUCAGCCCCUGAGACUUGCUGUGACAUUUGAAGCUGCAGUUCUCUGUAACAUUUCCCAAGGGCUUUCCUACUCCUGGAGUGUUGUGGAUGCUGAGGCGACUGCUGUCACCCUCCAUGCUGCUGUCCACACCCACAGACAGACCAUCAGGCUCCCAAGCUACACGCUGGAGUGUGGGAACUACACCGCUGUGGCCAAGGUUCAGAUCAAGGGAAGCAUAGUAUAUAGCAACUACUGUGUUGGUGUGGAGGUUCGAGCCCGGGCUCCUGUCAGCGUGAUCUCUGAAGGCACACACAUCUUCAUCCCCAGGUCCACCACAACCUCCAUCAUCCUCAGAGGGGUCCAGUCCUAUGACCCUGACAGCCCAGGAGCUGCUCUUAGGUAUCACUGGACCUGCACUGCAGCCAGCUUGCCAACGUCCUGCUUUGAGGACUCUACUCCAUACCAAGUGGACACUCAGGCUCCUGCCAUUUCCUUCCCAGCAAAAUGGCUCAGUGAAUGCUGUGACCAGUUUCUUGUGACAUUGACAGUCUCCAGCAAUGGACGGAACUCUUCGCAGGCUGUGAUAUUCCUGUCCACCCAUCCUGACCCAGACUUCAGAUUCGUCCACAUCUCAUGGGUCAAUUUUAGAGACAUCCGUGUAAACUGGAAUGAAGAACUGUCUCUCAGAGCUGUGUGUGAAGACUGUGGAGAUGUAGCCGACCUCACUUAUUCCUGGGAUCUCUUCCUAGUCAAUGCAACAGAAAAGAAUACAGUGGAAGUUCCCUUCUGUAGCACCGUGGGGCUGCUGGGCGCUUCAGCAUUUGGGGACAUUAAGAAGUUGUCUAAGUCAGACCUGCAGUCAAGCCCCAGAGGAUCACAGACACUACACUCACUAGAGCGGUCACCUAUGCCCCUGAGCUGGUCAGCUCUUCACAACCUGGGAAGCAUUUCCACUGAGUCCAUGGCAGGUGGCCACCACAUUUCUGCUGGGGGUUCCAUGGCAGGCUCAGGGGAGCCUAUGGAGGAUGACAGCUCACUGAGUCCAGCACCAGGUUCCCUGGAGGAGGAAGCUUUUAUGAUGAGCACCCCAGAGGGAAGCUGGUCCCCUUCCAGCUCCUCUCCUGCCUCUGAUGAUUUUGAAGCCUACUAUAGUGACAUCCAAGAAGACGUGCCGUCCCUAGGAAGACAGCCAGGCAACAGUGCCAACUUCCAGGAAUCAGGACCAAGCACCAGCACCGAGGAGAGUGCCAAUGGUGGGGACAACCUACUGGGUCCUUUCCUUCACACAGGCAGAGCAAAGCCAGCUCUCAUGGUUGACUGGCCCAAGACCCUGGUCAACCGAGCUGUCUUCCACAACUACACCUCCUCAGGUAUCAUGGGACCAGCUGUGACAAUAACACCGUUCUCACUGAGCAGUGGCGAGAUGUAUGUCUUACAGGCUUCUGUAGCUUCAAAGCAUGCCUUACUAGGCAAAGCUCAACUCUACGUAACGGUCAACCAAGUCCCACGGGACAUGUCCUGUCAGGUGCGACCCCACAGUGGUAUAGAGGCACAUACCAUCUUCAGUGUCUUCUGCAUGUCAGGGAAACCGGACUUUCAUUACGAAUUUCGUUACCGGAUAGGAAACACUUCUCCACACACCCUGUACCGUGGACGAGAUACCCAGUACUACUUUUUAUUGCCAGCUGGUGAGGCCUCAGACGAUUACAAAGUCUUUGUUUCUACUGAGAUCACAGAUGGCCAAGGCUCCAAGGUGCAACCAUGCACUGUGGAAGUGACUGUGCUACCCCGUUACCAUGGAAAUGACUGCCCUGACAAGGACCUAUACAGCUCCACCCUGGAAAACCUGUCUUCUCUCCAGCUGCUGGGGAGUUACACAGAAGUAAGGAACUACGUCACCGUGAUCGCCGCCAUCCUGAGCCGUUUGUAUGUGAGGAGCACAAACACUUCUUCGUGUGGUCUAUGGUCACAGAUACAGGAUGUAUUGAUUUCUUCUGCAUGCGAAGUACCUGUUACAGACCAGGAAGUGAUGGUGGAUUCUCUUCAUAUAUUGAGAGACCUCAUAAGCUUCCCUAAUAAGUUGAGCUUGAUGAGUGGCAUGCACAUCCUCAAAUAUGCCCAGAUGUCCCUUGCUCAAGGUCAGUCCUCUGAGAAGUGGCUGGUCAACAAAAAACUAGGAGUUGAACUUAUCCUUCUCAUCUCUGGAGUCUGGGAAGCUUCCAAAGAAGACACAAGGAAUGAAGAGUACCUGCAAGAAGAAGGCAUGAAGAUCAUCUCUGACACGUUACUAGCCUCUCUCUCCCUGAGCCACCAGCAUCAGCUGCACAUAAGCACUGGGCAGAUGGAGUUCUGGACCCUUCUCCAUCACAGCUUUCAGAGUUCUAUCCAGAACCUGGGCUUCAUCUCGGUCCAUUUCCCUGGUGGCCUGGCCAGGCACAGUCCUGCUCAAGAGGAAUCACAAAGCCCAUGCUACAUCAGCCAGCUCAUGUUCUUCAAAAGCAGCCCUUAUCCAAGGGGACGAGCUCCUGGACAGGUGGGUGGUGUGGUGAGCCCUGGGCUCUACAGCUGCCACAGCAGAAGACCUAUUCUCAGAGGACGACUCGCGAUGCCCCUGACUGUGGAGUUUGGGGAGGAAGAUCACCUGCACAAGAGAAAUCCAAACAUGUUUGCGUUGCUUCGAGAUGAGGUGAAUCUCCACCGGUUCACUGGGCUCUCUGAAAACCCCCAGGAAACCUUACAGAUCCGCAUCGAAUUCUCCAAGCCUGUUACAAGAGCCUUCCCCGUCAUGCUGUUAGUAAGGUUCUCCAAGAAAGCCACGCCUUCUGAUUUUCUUAUGAAGCAGGUCUACUCCUGGGAUAAGCAGACUGUUCACAUUUAUGUACCUGCUGUUCCAUGGAAAGGAGCCAAUGUAGGGUAUUUAUCCCUAUUAGAUGCUGAUUAUGACAGGAGGCCUCCAAACAAGUACCUUGCUGGGACAGUAAACUAUACAGUGCAUUUCCAGUGGACGCAAUGUGUGUUUUGGGACAAGACAGAGUGGAGAUCCGAAGGUUCCUAUCCACAGCCAGGAAUGUCUCCUGAAAAAGUCAGCUGCAGCUACCAUCACCUUGCACCUUUCUCUGUCCUAAGAAGGAAGGUGAAUGCCACUUUCGAAGUGAGCCCCAUUUCUGAGUUUCGGAGUCACCCACACAACUUGCUUCCCGCUAUUUUCAGUGUGUUUUUCUUGGUUCUUUAUGGAUUGUUGGUGGCUAAAAGCAGAUGUGUAGAUUGUCACAAGAAAAAGAAACCUGGUUGUAUUUUUCUGAAAGAAGAUACCCCACCUGGCCACCAACUGUAUGCAGUCAUCAUUGACACUGGCUUCCGGUCACCAGCCCAAUUUACGUCAAAGGUUUUCAUUGUUUUAUGUGGUGAAAACGGACUCUCAGAAACCAAAGAACUCUGCUGUCCAGAGAUGUCCUUGUUUGGAAGGAAUUCCAGGCACACCUUUAUACUGAGCACUCCUAACCGACUGGGGCCACUCCAGAAGAUCCGACUCUGGCAUGACAGCAGUGGACCUUCCCCAAACUGGUUCCUCAGCCACGUGAUGGUGAAGGAGCUACGGUCAGGCCAAGGCUGGUUCUUCUCUGCCCAGUGCUGGCUGGCUGUGGGCUUAUGUGAUGGCUGUGUGCAGCGGGAGCUCUUCUGCCUGCGCCACGGUCUUGGCUUCUGGAAGCUUUUCUACUCAAAGUUCACGGAGUACCUGGAGGAUUUCCACAUCUGGCUCUCCCUGUACAGCCAUCCCCCCUCCAGCAACUACCUACACACACAGCGACUUGCAGUGUCCUUCUGCCUCCUGUGUGUCUACUCCUGCCUCGCUGCCCUGGUCACUGUGGGAGGCCAUGAACAGCGCCCCCUGGAUGUGGGUCCUACUCUUAUCACUCUGGAAUCCUUCGGUCUGAGUCUCCUGUGCACCUUCCUGGCCUGCCCAGCUGCACAGCUCUUAUCACUGCUCUUCAGGGUCAGCCAGCAUCCUGCAUCAGACAUUCUCCCAGGGACUGACCGAGCUUGGAGGAUGGCAGCCAGUAGCAGCGCUCCCAGCAGUGGUUUUGAAGGACUUGUGCUCCAGGGGUCAAGGGCCUGUCUGCUCUGGUCAAGCUCUGUGGCCUGGGCCAUUUGUGGAUCAGCUUCCCUUGCCUGUGGUUUGGGGACAGGGUUCCUGGGCUACAGGUUUGUGCCAGAGCAGUUUAUGUGGUGGCUGCACCUGCUGUUACUCUCUGUGAUCUGCUGUGCAUCUGUCACCCAGCCACUCAUGAUCUGUUUGGCAGCGCUGGCCUUUGCCUGGAAAAGGAAACAUGACAGCCAAUUUUUUACUGAAUCUUUACAUGAUGCAACCAGGGGUCUCGAUUUGGAAUUGGAAGAAUACUCCAGAACCCACAUUCCUCAUUCUCCCAGCUCCUGUUGUUCUGACAGUGCUGAGGAGGCUGAAAGGGUCUUGGCUGCCCGACAACGAGAACGCCACCUGCGCUGGGCUCAGCCACCAUCCAGGGCCAAGUUCAGAGUGACCAGGGAGAGACUGAGGAAAGAGAGCCGGGUGCAGGCAGCCCUGAGAGACAUCUCCGUGCACAGCCUCAUGCUGCUGCUGCUUUUGUUUAUAACAUACGGGAGAGUCUCUCCAGGUGAAUAUUCUCUCAAUCAAGCCAUCAGGGAGGAAUUUACAAGAAAUGCCAGACACUCCUUUGGGGACCUGAGCAGCACCGAUGACUGGUGGGACUGGACUCUGAGCACUUUGCUGGAUGGGCUGCACCCAGAAGGACCCUCUGUUGGAGCCCGGGGGGCUCAGCCUGGAGCUCUCGGAGGGCAGUGCCAUCUCAUAGGCCCUUCUGUGAUCAAGCAGCUGAAGGUUUCUUUCGAUACUGCAUGCACACCUCCCAGGCCAUUCUCAGAGCUCAUGGAAGAUGCACUACCUACACAGAGUCAUGACCUUGACCUUGAGAGCCAAAAUAUGACGCCUGGUGGUCCUGAGGCCUGUGGGGUGAAGAAGGAGAGCUCCAUGCACAGCCUAGGAAGAACAAGGCAUGAAGCCCACUCAGCCCUGACCGCCCUCAGGGCCAACAGGUGGAUCAACCAGGGCAGCAGGGCCAUGUCUGUGCACUUCACUCUCUACAACCCUCCAACACGACUCUUCACGAGUGUGACCCUAGGCGCGGAGCUGCUCCCCACGGGAGGUCUUGCCCCCUCAUCCUUGGUAGAGUCGUUCAGCAUCUUCCAUAAUGCCUCAGUCCCGCAGUACCUUCUUAAGCUUUCUGAGCUGGUGUUCCUGGUACUCAACGUGACCCACCUCUGUUUCCAGCUCUGGGGAAUGGCCACCAAGGGGGUCCUCAGCUACUGGAGAAAACUGAGACACUGGCUGGAGCUCUCUAUGGUUGGGGUAGCCCUGGCCUACUAUGCAGCCUCUGGUUACCUCACCACCCUUGCUGAGAAUGUCACUGACCAGUUCCACAAAGGAUUUCAUCAGAUGUAUGUGGACCUAAGUCUGAUGGUGUCAUGGAAUCAGCGGGCAAGAUGGCUCCGGGGAAUCCUCCUAUUCCUCUGGAUGUUGAAAUGUGUUCACCUCCUCGGCUUCCUGAGCACCCUGGCAUCCUUCUCAGCAGUGACACAUUCGUCUCUCUCCAGAGCCUUUGCACCAGCACUGUUGGGGGCCCUGCUGCUGGCGGCCCAUUCCCACUUGCGCCAGUUUCUGCUCUCCACCGGGACGCCAUCACCUGGCACCUCUGCAGAUGUAUUUCCUGGGCUGCUGCUUCAGUUUCUGGGAAGAAGCCCAAAGGACGCACUGCACAAUCGUUUGGAGUCUGACCAUCAAGCCAUGACUUGUUACUGUGGGGCCCUCUUUCUGCUGGUGGCAACGCUGUGUUUCGGAAUGCUGAGGGCUUCCCUCCUGACUUUUUUCCGAAAAAGAAAGUCUUUUCACAGAAAAUCUCUCGUGACGCUUAACAAUGUUGCUGUUUAUGCCUGGCACAAAGUCCUCACCCUUCUGGGGCUGGAAACAACAACUCCGGAAGAGGCGGAGGUGGCUGCGGACCAUAAUUAUUACCUGGAUGAAUUUUCCAGCCUCUUGGAUGAACUUCUGGUGAAGAUUGACUGUUUGUCUGACAGCCUAGAACUUUCUAUCCUAGAGAAACACUGGAAGAGGGCAGGGGAGUCAAUGGCAGUGGAUAGUCCUUCAGUUGGCAUUUCAUUGUAACAAGAUUCUGGGUGCACAGGAGAAUGACAGUAAAGACAAGACUGUACUAGACAUCAGAUUUCUCCAGCUCCUGGCGAUCCUCUCCCCAGCUGUGUUUGUAAGGUGAACACUCCACACAAGAUACCUGCGGGAGCCCCAGCAGCUGCUCUCAUUCCCACUUCGUAAGAUUCCAGCCUCACCUGUGGCCCUGAAACACGUGUUUCCAUGCUAUUAAGCUCUUGGGUAAAGGAGGGAAGGUAGAGUUUUGCCCUUUCAGAUUCUGUAAGUUGGUGUCAUUUUGGAAGCUUCAGAACCCUGAAUUCUAUGAGAUUACAGGAAUGUGUCUGUAUCCAUAAGCAGAUAUGGGAGGACAAGCUGACCCAGACACAGAGACACAAGCUGCUUGAACUGUAAGCCAUUUUGAGUGAUGUUAUGGUUGAGUGAGCCAACAAUGUGCUCCUUAAAAGCACAAUAUGCAUUUCAGCAUAUUUUUUGCCAUGAAACCCUCAGCAGUGUUUAGGUAGUCUGUAUCCCAUAGAUACAUUGGCAUAGGAAACUCGGCCAGCCAGAGAACUGUGUUACCAGCACACACUGCCAUUAUGAUUUGACGUGAUGGGCGCUCCUGGACAGAACAUGUACCCCAUCUGCCUUGCUAGGAAAACAUUGGCAAAAUGUUUGCUGUCAACAAAGUCUAGUUCCCAUUCCUUCUGGAAGCACAUUUGCCAAUGAGCCCAAAAAUAAAUGGAAACAUUUGUGCUGGGGCGAGACCAUGGUCUAUUUUGAGUUCUCUUGGGUUCUUCAUGGACCUAAGGCUAGGAAAGAAUAUGUUUUCAAUGACUCGAGAUUCUCUCCACAGGACAAGAAGU